AUGAAGCAAUUACUCUACUGCUUUCUCAUCAACGGCUUUGUCACCUGUGCUGCAUCUCAAGAUCUACAAACUGUCUCAAUUGCCGAUCGUGCUGAUUUCAAAGUCCUCCGUCCAUGCAUACACACCUGCCUAUUUGGUAACGGCGAUGUCGCUCCAGGCGACGGUUGUGGAGCCCCAUGGUACAACCAGUGUUGGUGCUCUUCGAUCAAUAUAGUUCCCUCAGCAACCAGAUACAUCUCGACUUGUAUUCCGACAUUAUGUUCCGACAGCAUUGACGUGGCCACUGGGAUAGAUAUAUAUUACGACUACUGCUCGAAGGCAGGAUUUCCCAUCCCAAAAGAUGUCGCAAGACCUACAACCCCACCGCAAACACAAACUCCUGCGACAACACAGAGCAUCCGAGUAGACUCGCCAGCGGGAACGAGUACCACAUUAUCUUCCACUGUUCGGACCGCCUCCUCUCCCACAUCAUCAUCUACACCUGCCUCCUCGCCGCCAACGAAGGCGGUAUCUGGGGUUAGCAGCAGCAGUAGCCUGUCCAACGGAGAGACUGCCGGUAUCGUAAUUGGUGUUUUUGCUCUCUUGCUUGGUAUUGCUGCGUUAUGGUACCAACGAAGAGCCUUGGCUGCCCAGUUGCAGCAUAUCAGAGACAAUUCUAAGUCUCGCCGUGCAGAUAGCUUCAUUAGAGAGGGAAGGCCAAGUGGGAGAAGAGGAGUUUUCGAAAUGUAAUGGUUGCAGCACUAUUUGUGAGCGAGGCUAAGAGCACAAAACUCACCCUCACCUUUGUUGAUCUCCGACUUCACAACUUUCCCCAGGAAAGGCGCGCAAUAGCAACAACUAACAACAAGCUUCUAUCGCAAAAGCAGAGCUCAACCUUUCCCCAUAUUAUCUAAUAUCGACAGCAAUAGCCAAACCAACACCGGGGGGCCUCCCGGGAACAAGCAAGAUGGCACGACGAAUCAAGCCACCUCACAUGUGGGACGGGGCUGCGUACAUUUCCGGCGCCUUCGGAGAACCCGAGCCGGAUAUGGACUUCGAGGAUGAAGCAACCAGAGAAGCAGGCAUCGAGGCUCUGAUAACAGCUAACGGAAGAGUUACCCUUUGGAGCCCAAACUUCAAUGACGAGAACAACCGCAGAUUCUUUGCGUACCAGGUAAAAGGAGGCAAGUUU